UGAUAGUCCGGAUCUUCCGGAUUAUAAAUCUCGACUGCAGCAAAGGGAUCGCUUUCAGAUGAGAUGUGACUCAAUUCGGACAAAACAUCAUAUGUAUAUGUACGAGCUGAAAUACGAUGCACGAACGUCGUCUCUGGUCGAACCUCGGAUACGCCCUCGUCGCUCUUCUGGUCUUCGCAAUACUAUGGCACCUGCUUUGCCCUUCACCGACGAACUUAUCACCCCUAGGCGAUGCAUUCACCCUGUACACUCACAAUUCUACAAUAUUUACUUAUCCGCUUCAGUUGCUGCCUCCCAAUGACUACAAUAGUAUCAUUGAUAUCAGUUUCAACUUCACUAUGAUCAACUUUGUCUGCGAUGAAACGUCGCCAUUGUUGCUAAUCUUAAUUCAUACUGCACCAACCAACUAUGUUAAAAGAAAGACGGUGAGGGAAACUUGGGGUCAAGAGGUGGAUGGUGUCAAGGUUUUGUUCAUGGUAGGUGAUGCCGUAUCUGAACAAACUGAAAUGUAGGCACAUUCAGAACAUAAUAUGGCGAGCACAUCAAGACCUUCAUCAGCACUAUCCAGUCGAUCAUCACCACCUUUACCCAAAAGGUCCAAAAAAUCCAAAGCACACCACCAAAAUAUUAAUAAAGCAGAUCAGAUAUCAGACAUUGUCGGUACAGGACUCAAUAAACCGACAGACGAGUUCGACCUUAUGGGAAAAUCGAUAGCAAUCAAAUUACGGCGAUUGCCAAGAGAAAUACGACUAUAUUCAGAAAAAUUAAUAAACGAUUGAAAUAGGAUUCAAGCGGAGUUAGGAAAAGUUAACGAACAUACAAGAAUAACGUCCGAACCAACACCAAUUAAUAAUAGUAAUACAUUAUUCCCUCCGCUACCAAACUGUGAUUCCAUCUAGACUCAGUCUACACCAACCAACCAACCAACAACAAUUGUAGUAGUAAUACAGCUGCUGUGUAUUAGGGCUCUUAUAAUCCUUUACAAUAAUUAAUAUUAUACUGUUAUGGAUAUGCUGUU